UGAGUGGCGACGGUGGCAAGGAAAAACUCCCUAAGAUGUUUUAAGAGGAAGAAACCUUGAGAGGAACCCGACUCAGUGUGUUUGUGUGAGUGAGUGUGUGUGAGUGUGUGUGUGUGUAGGGAGGGUCAGUUAGGAGUGGUCUUUUAGAAGUUUCUGGAACUUUUCACUUUACUCCAUCAGUUCAGACUCGUGCUGUGAGAUGGCAGCGUGUGUUUUCUCUUCGUUACUCACCGUACUGUGUGUGGGACUGUAUGGAAAAUAUACAUAUGCAGGAGCAUGUACAGAUCCUAUUCUCUCUCCGGCGUCUCUGCUGGUGGAGUAUGGAAGCCCUGCUGAAGUGAACUGCUCCAUACCGAACAAACCUGUGACGCAGUACAUGCUGGGCUGGGAGUCUAAAACCUCACAGCCUCAAACAAGGAAUGAGACGAGUGUUGUGUGGAAGCUGGACAGACUGACGGAGUGGGAGGAAGCUGAAGGAGUUGGAUGUUAUUUCACAGAUGGAAGUAAUCAGUGUAUGAGCUAUGUAAAUCUCACCAUUUACAAGAGGCCAGACAGGGUUACACUGAGCUCUGUGUCUGAUGUGGUGGCAGAGGGAGAUCAGACAGAGCUGAGGUGUGAGAUUGAGAACGUCGGACCUGGAGGUAAACUCAGUGUGCACUGGAGCAGAGCGGAUCCCAAGCAAGACAACACUUUCACACGAUUCACUGACACGUCCUUCCCAGACUUGGUAAAUGAGAUGCAGAGUGUUAACAAGACAGUGACGCUAACCGUCACACCCAGCCGUGAGGACGCUGGAGUUCAGUAUCAGUGUGCAGCUGUGCUGAAUCUGGACCAACAUCUGCUCGUGUUCACAUCACAACCAGUCACCAUCACUGUACACUAUAAACCAAUCAUUGCAGAGCCUUUAGAUACUAGAGUAAUGGUAGCUGAAGGUGAAAUGCUGGUGAUGAACUGCUCAGCACGUGGAAACCCCAGCCCUCUUUAUAAGUGGACUUCACCUGAUAAGAGAACUGUCUCAAACUCCUCCUCCAUCGUCAUCAGUAGCAGCCGUAGAGAAGACCAGGGUCAGUACACCUGCACUGCUUACAAUUACCUGGGCCAGGCAACCAAGAAGGUGACAGUUACAGGAGCAUGUACAGAUCCUAUUCUCUCUCCGGCGUCUCUGCUGGUGGAGUAUGGAAGCCCUGCUGAAGUGAACUGCUCCAUACCGAACAAACCUGUGACGCAGUACAUGCUGGGCUGGGAGUCUAAAACCUCACAGCCUCAAACAAGGAAUGAGACGAGUGUUGUGUGGAAGCUGGACAGACUGACGGAGUGGGAGGAAGCUGAAGGAGUUGGAUGUUAUUUCACAGAUGGAAGUAAUCAGUGUAUGAGCUAUGUAAAUCUCACCAUUUACAAGAGGCCAGACAGGGUUACACUGAGCUCUGUGUCUGAUGUGGUGGCAGAGGGAGAUCAGACAGAGCUGAGGUGUGAGAUUGAGAACGUCGGACCUGGAGGUAAACUCAGUGUGCACUGGAGCAGAGCGGAUCCCAAGCAAGACAACACUUUCACACGAUUCACUGACACGUCCUUCCCAGACUUGGUAAAUGAGAUGCAGAGUGUUAACAAGACAGUGACGCUAACCGUCACACCCAGCCGUGAGGACGCUGGAGUUCAGUAUCAGUGUGCAGCUGUGCUGAAUCUGGACCAACAUCUGCUCGUGUUCACAUCACAACCAGUCACCAUCACUGUACACUCUGGCCAACCGCCACUCAUGUCUGUCUGGGGAGCAGUUGGUUUGUUAGCAAUCGCUACUAUGUUGUAAUCAACUUCGAGUGCUGGAUGUAUUUUUCCGACGUGCACACACGGGUCGUGCUACAUCUUGAAGCACCUAGGGUCCUGCAGGAACAACCGCUAUGUGGACCAUAGUGCUAUAGACCAAAGACAACUGUAGAUACUGCUGAUGUUAACAUCUGUGUAGUUAACCCCGACUCCAGUGUAGCUAAUGCUAACACUUCCUCCUGUGUAGUUAACACUGACACUAAUGUAUCUAAUGCUAACACUUCCUCCUGUGUAGUUAACACUGACACUAAUGUAUCUAAUGCUAACACUUCCUCCUGUCUAGUUAACCCUGACUCCAGUGUAGCUAAUGCUAACACUUCCUCCUGUGUAGUUAACACUGACUCCAGUGUAGCUAAUGCUAACACUUCCUCCUGUGUAGUUAACCCUGACUCCAGUGUAGCUAAUGCUAACACUUUUUCCUGUGUAGUUAACACUGACUCCAGUGUAGCUAAUGCUAACACUUCCUCCUGUGUAGUUAACCCUGACUCCAGUGUAGCUAAUGCUAACACUUUUUCCUGUGUAGUUAACACUGACUCCAGUGUAGCUAAUGCUAACACUUCCUCCUGUGUAGUUAACCCUGACUCCAGUGUAGCUAAUGCUAACACUUUUUCCUGUGUAGUUAACACUGACUCCAGUGUAGCUAAUGCUAACACUUCCUCCUGUGUAGUUAACCCUGACUCCAGUGUAGCUAAUGCUAACACUUUUUCCUGUGUAGUUAACACUGACUCCAGUGUAGCUAAUGCUAACACUUCCUCCUGUGUAGUUAACCCUGACUCCAGUGUAGCUAAUGCUAUCACUUUUUCCUGUGUAGUUAACACUGACUCCAGUGUAGCUAAUGCUAACACUUCCUCCUGUGUAGUUAACACUGACACUAAUGUAUCUAAUGCUAACACUUCCUCCUGUGUAGUUAACACUGACACUAAUGUAUCUAAUGCUAACACUUCCUCCUGUGUAGUUAACCCCG